AUGAAAGAGCCGGUGUACGACUUCCUGUUCGACGAUGAUCUGAACUCGACCGAAGAGAGUGCCGGCGAGGGCGAGAUCCUUGACGAGGUGCCCGCUUCCGGUGCAAAGCCCAAGAAAAAAGGGAAAUCGAAGAGCACUAAGAAUGUGCGUCCUCCCUGGAUCAGGAAGAGCCCUAACUACCGGUCGGAAGAGGCUCAAGAUAUAUAUGACAACAUGCUCGCCGCCCUUAACCUUAAGCUGCAAGAGAAGAACAAUCAGAAAACGAAGGGACAGAAGAAGCAUACACUUCGCUGCCCGCCAGAGAGGGUGAAGGAGGGUGCCGGAGUGCGCGAGAUGAUCAGCCUUCCGUGCAAGCUCCCCCGGUGGUUCGUGAGUGCCAUCUGGCUUCAACUCAACGAGGACGAAGAGGAGAACAUCCUCGGGAGUGACCAUGAUGAUGAAGACGAGAUUGGGGCCCAGGGCGCCUUGCAAUUAGGCUCGACGCGGUCGAACGGUGCGCCCGGUGUUGGCGAGCUGGACUAG